ACAUCGCCGUUCACCUGCCGUUUCAGCUAAUAUAACCCGUAAACCAAACUAUGAUGUGAGAAAAGUUUAUUUUGGAUAUUUUAUUUCAUGUUCCCAUCCGAUGGCGGGAGACAUCAGAAGCCUCAUUGCUGAUUUCAGUCCUUAAGAAGUCCUCAGCUGCUGUCUGUGUGUCCACUGCUUGUCUCAGAGUCAUCUGAGCAGCACAGAGAAGAUGUUUAGAAGAGCCUCAGCACAGAUGUUCAGACAGCUGGUGAGACAUAAUGCCUCAGAGACCAGCCUCAUCUUGGAGAGAUCGAUAAACCGUGUGCAGCUGUUAGGCCGGGUGGGUCAGGACCCGGUGAUGAGACAGGUGGAUGGUCGUAACCCUGUGACCAUCUUCUCAGUAGCAACCAAUGAAAUGUGGCGCAGUGGAGAGGGAGAGACAGACGCAACAGGUGACAUCAGUCAGAAGACGACGUGGCAUCGCGUGUCCGUGUUCAAACCCGGUCUGAGAGACGUGGCCUACCAUUACGUCAAGAAAGGGUCCAGGAUUCUGGUGGAGGGCAAACUGGACUACGGAGAGUAUGUGGACAAGAACCAAGUGAGACGUCAGGCCACCACCAUCAUUGCAGACAACAUCAUCUUCCUGAGCGACAACGUUCGAGACAAAAUCUGAAGGACGGUCCUCUCUGUGUCCACCCAACAAGACCGACUUCUUUUGUAUUUUUUCCUUCAUACAGAAAUAAAGCUUAAGACCCUAAUGCUACAAAUUAAAGGAACUGACUUCAAGAGAAGGAGGGGGGGCAGAAUAUGCUGUGACACCUGUCAUGUUUCAGUGUGAUGCCUGCUGCAGACUGUGAGGCAUAAAGGGAAGCAAGAAGAGCCUGUUAACGUGGCAGAAAUUCACUUGUUCAUUCUGAUUUUUAUAGUUUUACCUGUACAGAAACUUUAUGCUCAGAAUAGUGUUGGAAAUAAGGGGUUAAAUUCCAGUGAAAAUGUUUGACUGUGUUUGAAGACUCGGUACAAAAUGGUACAGAAACUGUAGCUCUGUUUAGAGCGACUCUGUUUAGGAGACAAAAGAUAUGUCUUUGUUUUCAUUACAUUACAAGCAACAUUAGCUCCUUUUUUCACAUCCUCGCUGUCCAUGUAUAUCCAAGUUUUGUGAUUUUUUUUGUUUUAUAUAUAAAAUAAAUAAUUCAUUUAAGAACCCUGUUGGAUUAUCUGACAAAAGCAUCAUUGCAGAGCUGAAAACAGCGGUUUCUGGUUAGUCUGAGACGCCUACAGGAAAUAAAACUGAUAAAUGAAACACACCAGACCAUUAAAGCGUCAACUGCUGCACUCUUUUUGCGCUCGUGUGAGAUAAGGCCACAAAAAAAAAGUCAUGCAAUUUGCUGAGAAAAAAAAAAUAUUGAGUAUGACUCGGAAGUAAAAUUCAAAGUUUUGAUUUUCUCUUGUUGGCUGUCUUUCUCUCACUUCAUGCAAAUCUCUUUUGAAAGAAGCUUGUUCAGCUGGAGAGAAAUGUGUAAAUUUUCUGAAACUCAACCAGCAUGCAAAUUUAGAGAAAAAGCCCUCAGUUAAAUUCACCUUUUUGUCUGUUUCUGUUGCAUUUUGUUUUCUAGUCCACAUUCCUAAUGUGUGCAUAGUUUUUACAGAACAUGAUGUUUUUAUUUUUAAUCUACAUUUGUUUUUCUGCCAUGUCACCUUCUUGUCACAUCUGUCUUUCAUUUCCUUCCUGGCCAGUGACUGGUGGCUUUCAACUCACUAUUGCUGCUUCAUUUCUCUGUAAAGGUUUCUACAACAGAC